AUGAGCACCCGCCAUCGGAUCCGUUGGACUCCAAAAAUAAUGACACGCGACACUCUGCCGCAGGCGCAUCUUCUGUUUAUUUGCCAAUUUUUUCUUGUGGUCAUCCUUUUGCGGAAUGUAGAAAGCAAUGGUGCUCCUGCAUCAUUUCGGGUCGAAAAUGCACUCCUUCCUGUGCGUGUGGAAACAAGUGCAGCAAUUUUUUUAAAGGAUGCCACUGUACAAAGGGCUGCAGCUCUUCGACAUGCCCCUGUUUUUCAAUGCACAUGGAAUGCCACCCCAGUCUUUGCCGGAGCUGUAAAGAUAUUGCCUUGUGCAAAAAUUCAUCCAUUCAACACAGUUGGAGCAAGGUUUUUGCAAGCCUUCUUACGGGGAUUUAGGGCUUGCUUAUUGGGAAAUCCGAUAUCUCUGGCUGGGGCGUGUUUGCAGCGGAGUCUAUUGUCAAAGGCUCGUUUAUUGCAGAAUAUACUGGAGAAGUAG